CUUGUAUAGCAGUCUACAGCAAACAGCACAUCGCUUCACGGGGACUUCCUUGUCUUGUUUGGCCUCAUUAGUAAAGAAGGAACAGGCUAAAACCUUGGAGCUCAAAUUGCCGCAAUCGAACACGCAUUGAGCCACACUUUUAUGCUUGGCUCCAGAUACCAUAUAUAAAGCCUUCAAAGGAUCUAUUCCUCAAUUAACCAAUUAACGAACAAUGUCACGCAAGUCCAAGGCUGUAAGAGAACUUUUCUUAGCAUUUCAGAGAAUCGAAUCAUCCACAGAGUAUAUCUUUUUCGAGAUACAAGAUGAACUAGUUGGAGCAGAAACGACCAAUGUUCCAAAGGAGCGGAGGAAAGUGACCUUGAAAAAUAGAAAUGGAACAAGGGUUACACUUCAGGAAGACAUUGCUUUGCAGCGAUUCCAUUUGUUCUGGCUCGUUCCAAACCUGAAAGAUUCAAAACAAGUGUUGUUCCCGUACACGAAGGUCGAAUGGGAAGAUUUAUGGGAAGAUUUAAUUGUGAAAACAAGAGAAGCUUCCAAAUUCAUCCCACUCGCGCCAUUGAGAAUGUUGGAGGCACCCAACGAAGAGGGAACAGAUAGACUUAUCCUACAGAUUCUCCAAGACACCAUCCCUACACAGCGACCCUCCGUCCUCUGAGAGCCGUAACUGCCAGUUGCUGUCACGUUGUCAGAUACACGAACGUUGCUCAAAGGAUGUGGCUUACAUCGUUAACGUCAUUUAAG